UGAUAAAUUUUAUUAAAUAAACAUUUCCAUCUGUAUUUUUGUUUUUUCAUUAACAUUCAAAACAAAGCUACAAAACACAGUAAAAUUUUUCUUCUUAUCGAUCCCUUUUCCACUCUGCCAAAAACCAGAGACGAAAACAUCACAAGAAAUCAAAAGGGGGAUUUUUCCUGCUUGUAUAUAUAUAUUGUAUCUAUAUAUACAGAAUCACAGUCGAAGAUCUAUCGUCCUUUUCACUUGAUUCAAUUCGCUAAUUUGUGAAUUUUGGAAGAGGAAAAAAAAGCCGUAAAUCUCGAACCCCAUUUCCCAAAUUCCGCAUUGUUCAAGAAUUCAGUAAUUGGGUGGUUAUGGUUAUUGGGUGGGGCAUUUGUUUUUAUUCGGUGAGAUUAUUAUGAAGGAGGGAGUGCGUUUUCGUGAAGUAUAUGUGUAAUGGCGGACGCUGUAGCUCUAUUAGAGGCUUCGGGCUCCAGAUUUAGCGAUUUGGAGCUCAUUGGAAGAGGUUCGUUUGGGGAUGUUUAUAAAGCGUACGAUAAUGAAUUAAAAAAGGAUGUUGCUAUCAAGGUCAUUGAUUUAGAAGAAUCGGAGGAUGAAAUAGAGGACAUCCAGAAGGAAAUUGCCGUUCUUUCGGAAUGUCGAUCCCCAUACAUCACAGAAUAUUAUUGUUCUUAUUUGAAUCAAACCAAGCUGUGGAUAAUCAUGGAAUUCAUGGCUGGUGGUUCUGUUGCUGAUCUAAUCCAGCCAAAUCAGCCACUGGAUGAAGGUUCCAUAGCUUGCAUUUUACGUGAUUUGCUCCAUGCGGUUGAUUAUCUACACAAUGAGGGAAAAAUUCAUCGAGAUAUCAAAGCGGCAAACAUUUUGUUGACUGAGAAUGGAGAUGUUAAGGUAGCAGAUUUUGGUGUUUCCGCUCAAUUAACCCGGACAAUUUCAAGAAGAAAGACUUUUGUAGGAACACCUUUCUGGAUGGCUCCAGAAGUAAUUCAAAAUGCUGAAGGAUACAAUGAGAAGGCAGAUAUAUGGUCUCUAGGAAUAACUGCAAUUGAGAUGGCAAAGGGAGAACCUCCACUUGCUGAUCUCCAUCCGAUGAGAGUGCUUUUCAUCAUUCCCCGAGAAAAUCCGCCACAGCUAGACGAACAUUUCUCUCGUCCUUUGAAAGAAUUUGUUGCUCUGUGUUUGAAGAAGAAUCCAGCAGAGAGGCUAAGUGCCAAGGAACUUCUUAAGCACCGUUUUAUCAGAAAUGCUAGAAAGAGUCCAAGGCUUUUAGAGAGAAUCAGAGAGCGCCCCAAGUUUCAAAUGGACGAAGAGACUGAAAAUGGUCCAACACCAUAUGCGGAAGCUUCCGGAACUGUAAAGGUGGCUAGAGAUGUCGGAGUUGAUGACACAGUCCGAGUAAAUAGCCAGGCGACUGGUGUGAAAAAUGCUGGAUGGGACUUCAGUAUUGGUGGACCAAAUAGCACCGGAACUGUUCGUAGUUUAGUAAGACCGCCUCAGGCGAGAGAAAGAAAACCUGAGGUCCCGUUAAGUCAAUCUUCGUCUAGAAAAAUGUCAGAUUCUGGUAAUCAACGGUCUUCUGCUUCUGGAACAAUGCGUCACACUUCAUCAGAGCUGUCAACGGGGAAAGAUGCUAACCAUUCAUCAAAGCAAGAAAAUUAUGAAGACGAAGAUGGGAGUGGCACAGGAACCGUCGUUAUACGAUCUCCAAGAGGACCUAAGCCUUCCUCCCAGUUCAGCAGCCAAAGUUCAAUGUCAAGCAGCACAUAUGCCUCUGCUGAAGAUGCUUCCAACAGUGGCACUGUUGUUUAUAGAGGGCAUCACGAAGAUUCCGAUUCUCCUAAAACUCCAAAGUCGAGGCUUGGCCUUCAAGAGAAAGCCUUUAGUGCUCUUGAAGACAGUGAACUGAACCUCGCAGAGGCCAGAGCAGCAAUUCAAGGAGGAAGAAAAGGCAACAUUAGGGAAAAGUCGGAACUGAGGAAGGUCAAUAGAGACGUGCAAGAGAUCAAAAAAGCCGAGCAACCAACAAAAAGUUCUGACCCAUCAAGACAUUCUCGUGACUAUUUUGACGCACAAAAAGCAUUUUCAAGAUCACACCAUACGGGUGACGACGAGGACAAUGCAAGGAGUUCUGCAGCAGCUUUGUCUGCCCCUUUGUCUGUACUUCUAAUCCCUUCACUUAAAGACGCAAUUGGUGAGGAUUCGGGCCGAUCGGUCUUUCAGACGGUGGCUAACUCUUUAAUGGAUAUGGAGCGUGUUAAGCCUGGCUCUUCCGAACUAUUUAUCACCAAGUUACUACAGCAACUAGCAAGUUCGAAGGAAGAUUCUCUGAAAGACCUGCAGGAGCUAGCAACUCAAAUGUUUGUCAAGGGCAAAAUAGAGACAACGGUUAUAAAUACAGAAGCCGAUGAUAGCAGAAAGAAGCCACCAAAUAAGGAGCUUCAUUCGAAUUCCAAUAUGAGCCCACUUGCGAGGUUCUUGCUCUCGAGAUGGCAAGGCCAUGCUUCUCGAGAUCUAAAUUCUUGAAAAAUGACGUCAUAAUUAUGGUUUUUUUUUUGGGUGAUAUUGUCCUUUUUUCUCUUGAGUUAAAUGAGUGAAUGUACAUACCAUUGAAGGAAACUGUUAAUUGUAGCUUCCAUCAUUUAGCUAUUUUUAUAUAGUUAUAAAAUGUUACUUUUACUUAUUUAUUUAUUUAUUUAAUUUUUUUUU